CAUUAUUAGAACAGCGUCGUAAAGCUAAAUUAAUUGGAAGAAAAGAAGUUGUCAUUGAGCCUAGAAAGCAUCAACAGAAUAAUAAUAAUAUCAUAAAAGUAAAGAAUGUUUGUGUUGAUGAGGAUUAA